AUGGAAAGUCUCAGGGAAAAGGAACAAAAUGAAAGAGCAAGAAUUGUUUUGUGGAAGAAACCUUUUAUGACAUUAUUUUAUUUUUUUCUUGAAGGCAGUUGCUUAGCACAUACCUUCUUUUCAAGACUUGUAGAAAGAAAGAAGAGUGUAUUAUUAGGUAUUUUAUUAGUAGCAUUAUUAUAUGUUUUAUAUAUCACAGAAGGCAGUCACCAACAGGUAGUAGAAGUUAUUAGAAAACAUUUUUUAUGGUGUGCCUAUUGGGUAGGGUUAGGUGUUUUAUCAUCUGUAGGUUUAGGAACUGGUUUACACACGUUCAUAUUAUAUCUAGGUCCACAUAUAGCAUCAGUAACAUUAGCUGCAUAUGAAUGUAAAUCGGUAGAUUUUCCUGAACCACCUUAUCCAUCCAAAAUAAUCUGUCCAGAGAAAGAAGAAGAUAGUAUGAAUUUAUUUACUAUUAUGAGUAAAGUUAGAUUAGAAGCUGUUAUGUGGGGAGCUGGUACAGCUAUUGGUGAAUUACCACCAUAUUUUAUGGCUAGAGCAGCCAGACUAUCAGGUUCAGAGUUUGAUGAUGAUGAAUUUGAAGAAAUCAGUGAAUUGAUAAUUGAAAAGAAAACCCAUCCUGAAGACAUGGGAUUUAUGGAAAAGGCUAAAUUAUAUGUUCAUAAUUUAGUUCAAAAAGUUGGAUUUGUUGGUAUUUUAGCAUGUGCAUCUAUACCAAAUCCAUUAUUUGAUUUAGCUGGUAUUACUUGUGGGCAUUUCUUAGUUCCAUUCUGGACCUUUUUUGGUGCCACAUUAAUUGGUAAAGCAAUAAUCAAAAUGCAUAUUCAGAAAUUAUUUGUGAUAUUUUUAUUUAGUAAGCAUCAUGUAGAACAAGCAAUUAAAUUAUUUAAAUAUAUCCCAGUGGUCGGUGUAAAGAUGCAAUUGCCAUUUAAGAAUUGGUUAGAAGAUCAACGUAAUAAAUUACACAGUACAGAUGAUACUGAAUCAAAAGCUGAGUCAACUAAUAUAUUGUCAUGGAUAUUUGAAAAAGUUAUAAUAAUAAUGGUGGCAUAUUUUAUUCUAUCUAUAGUCAACUCAAUGGCACAGAGCUACCAUAAACGUAUUUGUAAAGUCAAACGUGAAUAUGAGGCCAAAACUAAGCGUAGAGUUUAA